AUGAUCCCUUCCUGGAGCACAGUUCCAUCAUUGCCUUUUGACGUUGGUUCUGAGCGGGCUCGCAUCUCACUGGCCGAGAUCAAGGACGGGCUUUCCCUAUUGUUUAAGGAUGUACACGUCGUUUUGUCUAUUAGUGAUCCUGUGGAUUUGCACAUUCUCAAAAUCCAACGUGACAACUUUCUUUGCAGUGGAGCUGAGCUAUCGUUAUGUUUUCUACAGUUUUUACUCGGCCAGGAAGAAACCCCUUCAUCAGCACUCCGCUCACUUGCCCAGGCAAUCGACCACAAGUUCCUGCAGGACUCGGAGAUACAUGCUGUUGUAUCCCAGAUUACGGCGAGUCCAGCUGAACGCCGAAGAUGGCUUCGGACGUACUAUCACGCGGCUUGCGCAACGCCCGGAACUUACGAAGCUCCUGGAAGCGCACUUUUACAGGAAACAAUGCGAGGCGAGUUCCAGCUGGCAGGCAUUUUUGGAGGCCAGGGUGCCAGCAAUACAUCAUGCAUCCAGGAGCUGAGAGAACUUUACAACACCUACCAGCCCUUCCUAGUCGAACUUUUGCGAAUCACUGGUUCCCGGCUUUAUGAGCUCUCCCAGUGCCCUGAGUCUAGGAUGCAACUUAAUGGUCGUUCUUUGGAUGUAGAAGCUUGGAUGCGAGAUCCUGAAACUAUCCCAAACCCGACAGAUAUGGCCGAGGCGCCCGUGAGUAUGCCUAUCGUAGGCCUGCUUGGAUUAGCCCGGUACGCGGUUUCAUGCCAACUCUUGAGCCUUACCCCGGGGCAGUUCGGGUCCCAUUUCAGCAGCAUCACUGGCCAUUCGCAGGGUCUAUUGACUGCUGUGGCUGUGGCAUUGUCGGACACAUGGGCGUCAUUCUAUCAUUACGCUGAAAUGGCCAUGGAACUUUUGUUUUGGAUCGGAUUGGGAUGUCAGAGAUCUACAAUGCGUACCUCCGUCCCUGCAAACGCCCAAGAGACUCCGUCCUGCAUGCUCGAUAUCAGUGGAAUACAACGAGCUAAGGUAGAGUCCAUUAUAGCUCAGGUCAACCAGGGCCUCGAUCCCGUCGGACACGCACAGAUCAGCGUUGUGAAUAUGCGAGAUCGCUUCGUAAUCGGUGGGCCUGUGGCCUCGUUAGCACACUUAGACAGUUACUUGACUUCGAUAGCUGCCACCAGCGAGGAUCAGAGCCGGGUUCCCUUUAGCAGUCGAAAGCCGGUAUUCAGUCACCAAUUUCUUCCUAUCAGCGUCCCGUUCCAUACAUCACACCUGGAGGAAAUUGCAACGGAGUUGAAAAUGCGAUUCAAGGACAAAGUGAUAGUCGGAGCGCAGCUCCGGGUGUGUGUUCGUCAUACAAUGACUGGACACGAUAUCCGACAGGCGCCGACUGCGAACCUAAUUCCGAUGUUGAUAGAUGCUAUCCUGCUCGAGAUAUGCGACUGGCCCGCCACCCUGGCCCCCACGGACGCAAUAACCCACAUUGUUGCCUUUGAUCCUGCCAUGGCUACAUUAGCCAAGGCGAAUACAGAUGGACGUGGGGUGCGAAUAAUAAACGCCCUUCACAUAGAUACACGGGAUGAUGAGAUGGGGACCAUAUUAGAUCUGCUUUCACCAUCCCUGCUGGAGACGUCCACGAAAGUCCAACCGUGGGGCCAGAGAUUCCAACCUCGUCUAUCUCCAACGGAUUCCGGUCCUGUUCAAAUAAGGACACGGCUGACGGAGCUGCUGGGUAAACCCCCCGUUAUGGUUGCUGGCAUGACACCGACUACAGUCCACUGGGAUGUCGUUUCCGCAAUCCUUAACGCUGGGUAUCAUGUGGAGCUGGCUGGCGGAGGCUAUCAUAAGGCAGAGAAUCUCUCGGCCGCGAUCAUAAAAGUCAUUCAAAGCAUUCCCAAGGGGCAGGGCGUCACAGUGAACUUAAUAUACGCAAACCCGAAGGCAAUUAGCUGGCAGAUUCCUCUAUUACAGCAUCUCUCCCGGAACCAGUAUCCCAUCCAUGGCCUGACAAUCGGCGCGGGGGUGCCGUCUCCUGAAAUAGUCACUGAGUAUAUAGACUCUUUAAGGAUUCAGCAUAUUUCCCUAAAGCCUGGUUCUCUUACGGCUAUAAGGCAGGUGCUUGAUAUUGCAAGAACACGCCCGGAGUUUCCAAUUAUCAUGCAAUGGACGGGCGGGCGCGCUGGUGGCCACCAUUCCUUUGAGGACUUCCACGAGCCUAUCCUCCGCAUGUAUGCCGCAAUACGCAGGUGUUCAAAUGUAUAUCUGGUAGCGGGAAGUGGAUUUGGCAAUGCAGAAGAUAUCUACCCUUACCUAACGGGCGCAUGGUCAGUCGCACUCGGGUACCCCCAGAUGCCUUUCGAUGGGGUCUUAGUGGGCAGUCGCAUGAUGGUCGCCCGGGAAGCACACACAUCCCGCGGAGUGAAGGAGCUCAUAUGUAGCACACCAGGGAUACCGGAUAACGAAUGGGAGAGAACCUACACUGGCUCCGCGGGGGGCAUUGUCACUGUACUAUCAGAGAUGGGUGAGCCCAUCCACAAGAUUGCAAACCGCGGGGUCAUGCUAUGGUCAGAGAUGGAUAAAGAUGUCUUCAAGCUUCCAAGAAAGGAACGUGCUGCCUAUCUGCAAAGGAACAGAAAGUACAUAAUUGAACGGCUCGACGCCGAUUACGCAAAACCUUGGUUCUGCCGCGACUCGAAGGGUAACGUGGUUGACAUUUACCAGAUGACAUACGCUGAGGUUCUACACCGGCUGGUUGAGCUGAUGUAUAUUCAUCAUCAAAAACGGUGGAUUGACAAGUCGUACGUCCGUUUUGUCCGAGACAUCGCCUCCAGGACAUGGGAACGACUGGUGGAUCACCAAGGAAAAGCGGCACCCACAUCGUCGUUAGAGGACGAUCCGGAAGGCUUCCUGGAAUACUUUUUGAAGGUCUGCCCUUCUGCAUCCUCCUACCGUCUCAGUCCAGAGGAUGCAUCUUUUUUCUUAGCUAGGUGUCAGGAGUCUGGACAGAAGCCCGUCAAUUUCAUCCCAGCCCUAGACGAAAAUUUCGAGUUUUACUUCAAGAAAGACUCGCUCUGGCAGUCCGAGGAUCUUGACGCCGUCAUCAACCAGGAUGCCGGUCGGGUUUGUGUGCUCCAUGGCCCAGUUGCAGCUCAACACUCCACGCGAUCGGAUGAGUCUGCUCGGGAUAUCUUGGACGGGAUCAUGGGUGGUGUACUGGAUCUAAUUCAGAAAGCCGGUCGACGAACGGAUGUCCUCCAUACACAGACCAGCCGCUCUCGGACUCCUGAUUCCUGUUCUGCUACGUCUAGUGGGGUAGCGUCUGAUGUUUCUGAAAUUGAGAGCGAGACCUCCGUGGGAUCCAACAGCCUAGAACAAUCUCUUGAUACCACUCUGAACACCGUCCGAACACUGCUGUCUGUCGAAUACAUUAUGCAAGACUAUAAACGCAAGGAAAAUCCUUUCCGCUCACUGCUUGACUCCAGCAGGGAAAUAGCCAAGCAUUACAAUUAUGAAACUUCGGAGGUAGUCGUACCAACAUCAUCUGACCCCGAAUCAGGGCAAUGCAUUAAAAUUCGGUGCUAUGACGGUGAAAGCCUUGCAGUGGAUAUACAUCACCCCAGGGCACAUGGUCUUGAAUCGGCCGUUUUGCCACUUAGAUACAUUGUCAACAAAAAUAGUCGGGGCAUAAGCGAAGUUAUGGGAGGUCGAAAUGAACGUAUCAAGUCGUUCUACAGUCAUAUAUGGUUUGGGAGAGAGAUCGAUCCGCAGUUGAGGGUCAAUUCAACGUUCCAAGGCCGGGAGAUGACCUUGACCCGACGCCUGCUGAGCGAUCUAUCCUUAGUGACUGGGCGUGCCUUUGAGAAUAAAGACCUCGCGUUCUCGAGCUCUGCUGCACUUCCCAUUACUAUAGGUAUCCUGGCUGCCUGGGAAUCCUUGGCCCAACCACUUGUGCUCAAGGAUAUAGACGGUGAUAUUCUAGCUCUUGUUCAUCGCUCGAAUAGAUUUGAGUACGUUGAAGGUGCCACGCCGUUAACUUUGGGUGAUACGGUCACAUCGAGCGCACGUGUUAACGCCGUCACAAUCGAAAAUGCUGGCAAGUCUGUUCAGGUGGAAGCUCUCAUUUACAGAGCGGGCGAGGAAGUAAUGAAAGUGACAUCUGAAUUCCUCUUUCGAGGCGAGUUUAAUGACUAUGAGACGGCGUUUAGACGUACCAGGCAUCCUAAAUGGGUUGUCCAAGUAUCGUCAGAUGAGGAUGAGGCUGUCCUUCGUGAUAGGGAGUGGCUUCAUCUUGAUAAUGACUCUGGUCCGCUCAUCGGACAUCGAGUUGCGUUCAACUUGGAAUCCCUGGUUACCUACCAAAGCCCGGCCAAGUAUGCAAGCUUGCAAGUCCAAGGUGCCGUCUGCGUCGUCUCUGGAACGGGAGCAGAGCGGAAGAUUGGUUCCGUGGAAUUCCAAUAUGGUGCAUGUCGAGGAAACCCUGUCCUCGACUUUCUUGAGCGCAAAGGGACACUGGUGACACGAGCUCAUACGGAUUUGGAAAGGCCAGGCUGGUCUGGAAGGUCUUCCAUCAACGUACAAAUGCCAGCAGAGAACCAGUGGUAUAGCCAGGUUUCACGGGACUACAACCCGAUUCAUGUAUCAUGGAUUUUUGCAAGGCUCGCAAAUCUGCCAGGGACAAUCUGCCAUGGCAUGUAUACAUCUGCCAUUGCUGCUACUGCUCUUGAUUACCUGGUUUUAGACGGGGACCGGCAAAGGAUCAAGGGGUUUGAGGCAUCGUUUGUGGAUAUGGUCUUGCCUUUGGAGUCCCUAGAGGUCAGGCUGCAACACGUUGCGAUGGUCCAAGGAAGGAUGCGCUUCAAGAUUGAAGUGAAUCGAAAAGACGAUGGUCGAAGGGUCGUGGAAGCUUCUGCGGAAGUCGAACAACCUGGAACAGCCUAUUUGUUCACAGGCCAGGGCAGCGCAUCCAUGGGCAUGGGAAUGGAUCUGUACAACCGUAGCUCGGUGGCAAGAGCCAUUUGGGAUAGUGUUGAUGAAUCUUUCAAGAAUACUUACGGGUGGUCUUUACUUGAAAUUGUUAAAAAUAACCCGAAAAGCCUCACGGUGCAUUUCGGAGGGAAGAAGGGGCGAGCCAUCAGAGAGAACUACCUGUCCAUGGUGACAACCAUGACCCUGCCGGACGGGAGUACCACGCAGAGACCUAUUCUUCCGCUGACUUCCAAGUCUACGUCCUACACUUUCUCAGAUCCCCGUGGCCUGCUGUUCGCAACCAUGUUCACCCAGCCUGCAAUUCUCGUACUGGAAGCGGCCACGUUUGCCGUGCUCAAGGCUAAAGGUUAUGUUCAAGAGGGAUCCAUGUACGGUGGUCACUCCCUGGGUGAGCUAGGGGCGUUGAGUGCUCUAUUAGAGGGUGCUUCAAAUUGGUCCAUUGCCCAGAUUGCCUUUUACCGUGGGCUUAUAAUGGAUACUUCUGCGACAGCGGGGCCCAAGGAUGGUCCCAGUUUCGGGAUGGUUGCCAUAAACCCAACACGUGUUGGAAAAGAUUUUACACCUGAUGAUCUUUUCCGUAUUGUCCGCGCAAUCUCUGCUGAGAGCGGGCAGUUGCUGGAAGUUGCCAACUUCAACAUUGAAGGAGAGCAGUACGUCUGCACAGGUAGCAUUCCAAACCUUUACGUUCUUGGGAAAGUUCUGGACCUUAUCGCGCACGGUGAUUAUCUACUCCAGUGUGUGACGGAACAAGAACCUCCAGAGUCUCCUCACGGUAUUCACGGUGUAAUAACUGGGCUCCUACAUGAGAGUAGGACGCUUCCUGGUCCAAUCAAGCUUCAACGUGGUGCAGCAACUAUUCCUCUCCAAGGAAUCGAUUUACCAUUCCAUUCCAGUCAUUUAAAAGGUAGUGUGGACGUGUACCGUUCGUUUUUACUUAGCUCUGGCCUCGUUGGCUGGAAAGGCGAGAUGGCGAAGUUAGCCAAGCGAUAUGUGCCGAAUGUUAUCGGUCAGCCCUUUUCCUUAGAGACAGAUUAUAUCAAGAAGGUAUUUGAUAUCACAGGGAGUCCCGUCCUGCGAGAGAUGUUAGGGGACACUCUGUGA